AAGUGUGCGAAUAUCGCAUUGGUAUGAUAUAAGAUACUAACAAAAUAUUGCCUGCGCAUGCAUGGAAGCCCAUUAACGUCCCUGCAUCAUACUACUAGUAUAUAAGUGGAGGCCUCUCUAGUCUACAGUCUAGACCCUGCACUCGUCGCUCCUUGCACAUUUCGCUGAUCCAGAAGGCUCGCCAUGGCUGCUGCGACAUUGCUCUUGGCGCUCGCCGUCGUCGCUCUCGGCUCCGGCCAUGUCGAGGCUUUCGACCCUAACCCUCUCCAGGACUUCUGCGUCGCCGACCCCACGUCCAAAGUGCACGAGAACGGGGUGGCGUGCAAGGACCCGGCGGCGGUGGUGGCGGAGGACUUCCUCUUCGGCGGCCUGGACAAGCCUGGCGGCAAGACGAGCAAGCGCUUCGGGUUCACGGCGAACCAGGUGCAGAUCCCGGGCCUGAACACGCUGGGCGAGUCCCACGUCCACCUCGACGUCGUGCCGGGGGGCGUCUUCCCGGUGCACUACCACCCGAGGGCGGCGGAGACGGCGCUGGUGCUGGAGGGCUCCGUCUACUUCGGCUUCGUCUCCUCCUACCCGGACAACAAGCUCUACGCCAAGGUGCUCCGCAAGGGCGACGUCUUCGCCGUGCCGCAGGGGCUCGUGCACUUCCUCUACAACAACGGCACCGCGCCGGCCACGCUCUACGCCUCCCUCAGCAGCCAGAACCCGGGGCUGGUGCUCCUCGGCAACUCGCUCUUCGCCGGGGCGCUCCCCGACGAUCUCGUCGCCAAGACACUCCUCACGGACGCGCACACUGUGCAGACCAUCAAGGCAAACUUCCGGCGGUCUUGAUGCAUGGCCACGCCAUGCUUGUUCCAGAUCUGUAUUCUUUGUAUUUUAUGGGGGCGGGCACAGUAAUUUGCACGGCAACCGUUUCUUUGCAAUAAACAUGAAAUACUUGGAGCAAUAUCAAUUCGAUCGUGCUCGAUCGCGUAGACAAGGCGUUAUGAUUUGAUUUAUU